AUGUUCAGCUAUCUUGAAAUAAUAAUAAAUUUAAUUGGUGUAUUUUUCGCGAUAUUCUCCUGUUUUAUAAACAUUUUCAAUUUGAAGAAACUGGAAAAAAAAAAGGAGGACAUGGUUUUGUUCUAUUUCCGAUUUUUUUUAGAUGCAUUUUUUGGAGCAACUAUCCUCUUUUUCUUUGCAUCAUCAAUUGCAUCUAAUUUCAGUGCCGAGGAAAUAGUUAUCAAACUAAUAUAUCUUUCCGGGCUUUUAGGCACACUUGUGGGAAGAGCCCGAGCCGCCGUGACAUUGAUGAUUACAGUUGAGAGAAUAUUGGCAGUUUUUACACCUAUUUUCUACCGAAACUACCGCCCACUUAUAUCAAACUUGGCAAUUCUAAGUUUGAUAGUUGGCUACGGACUAUUUGACUAUUUAAUUAUGCGCUUUUUGUGCGAUUUCAAGUUUGUAAUUCCCACUAACUGUAUAACAGCUGGUUGCUCCAUGAACCUAUGUUCAAGUCAGUACUGGGCCACAUCCAAAACAGUUAUUAUUGCGUUUACGUUCUUAUUUGCAAUAAUGUUGUCACUAAAGCUUCUCUGGAAAGUUAUCAAGGAAAAAAACAAAGAUUUUAAUAAUGCUAACCGUCUAGCAUUGAUAGAUGCUGCAAUCAUAUUUUUAUUUGAUAUUUCAUCAAGCAUAAUCUCGUAUUAUGUUAUUAAAAUCAAUAACGGUGGGCCAAUUACAGCAGCUUUGAAACAAUUCGGAUGUGUCAUAGAAGCGUUGUUGGUUUUUCGAACGAUAACUCGUAAAACUAGAGUUGUGAAGAUAGGCAAAAGUGAUGUGAUAGCUAGUCACGCAAAAGGACACAACAAGCAGCCGACAUUUUAG